AGAGGAGAGGAGAGAAGGAGAGGAAUUAUCCUGUCAGACACCGGCGUCUGCUUUACUCCAGUUAGUCAUGACUAAACAAUUCUAAAGUCUAAUUUAGAUUAUUGGAAUCGCUCAGAAACCAGCGAAUUUAAAAGUAUAAGAAGUCCAGACCUUUUUUUUUUGUUAUAGAAUGGUGGUGUUACAAAAGGUUUCUCCUCCAAAAGAAGGAGUGAGACAUGAGGAAGUGGAAAUUACCGCCGUGCUGGACGGGAAAAGACUCGGCUCAGGAACUCUGUGCGUUGCAGAAAGUUGUGUAUCUUGGGUUGAUGGAUCCGGAAUGGGAUUUUCUCUAGAUUAUCCCUCCAUCAGCCUCCAUGCCAUCUCCCGUGACCUGACCACAUAUCCUGCAGAACAUCUGUACAUCCAGGUCAACACCAAGCAUCAAGAUGAUUCUAAGGCUGAGGAAGUGAAAGCAAGGAAGAAGGCAGAUGGAAGCAGUGAUGAGGACGAGGAUGAAGAGGAUGAUGAUGAGGAUGGUCAGGAUGGUGAUGAUUUCUCUUCAGGCGCAUUCACAGAGAUCCGGUUUGUUCCAAACAAUAAAGCAUCACUGGAGAAGAUGUUCACGGCCAUGUCCGAAUGCCAAGCCCUGCAUCCUGACCCUGACGACUCUGACUCAGAUUUUGAUGGUGACGAGUACGAUGUCGAGGAAGCUGAGCAAGGCCAGAUCGAUCUGCCAACGUAUUACUCAUUCGAGGAGGGCAUGUCUCAGCUGAACAUUGAAGGACAGGCUUCAUUGGAGAGGUUGGAAGGGAUGCUGGAUCACUCCUCAGGCCCACAACGCUGCAUGGCUGGAGUCAAGACCGAGGAUGCAGCAACUACACUAGAUGAGGACGUGAAGACAGACCCUGGUGCUCUGGUAGCCUCGGGGCAGUUUGAUGACGCUGACGUUGACCACUGACCGAACAGAGAGCCUCUUGUUUUCUCUCGGCAGAAGCACUUAAAACCGAGCCGGAACGGGCUAGCAGGGGGAGACACUGAAUUGUGGGAAGGACUCCAAAGCGCUGGGCCUUAUGAAUGUUAAACCACUAAAUCGUUGCACAAUUUAUGGCUGACACCAGCCUUCCUUUUUGUGCUGACAACACUGUCGUAUUGUCAAGUCAUCAAUCACAUUUCUAUGUAAAUGACCUUUAUACUGAACCUUUUUUUUUUUUUAACUGACAAGGACAUUGUGUACUAAUAUGUGCAUUUCAGUAGAAUAUUAAAUAAAGCUAAAAUGUAAUUUGCA